AUGGAGGACAGAGAAGCAAGAAGAGCACGACAAGCAGCCAUCGUUGCUGAGAAGAGAGCGCGGCUUGAAGCACAGAUCAAAGCUUCCACUGACUUCAUCUUCGGAGGUGGGCAGCAACAGCAGGCGAACCAUCAGCUCGGGCGUUUUCGUCCUCCUGCUUUCCCUCCACAUCGUGCCCCUGCUGCAGUUCAUCCUGCAGUCCCUCAACGUGCUCCUGCUGAACCUCGUCAUGGAGCUCAACCGACCGCGCGCUCGUUCGACUUCGUCGCCUGCGAACGAUGUCUCCUGCCGGUUCGCGGAGUAGAGCUGGAGGAGCAUCGGCAGCAAUCAUGUGUGCCCUGUCGCUCUGACGACGAUCAGGAACGAGUGCCAGACGAUGCAGCAAGCAAGCAAGUCUCAGACGCUCAAGGGCCACAAGUUGACGCUGCGGGGGUCGUGCCGACGGCUGCGGUGAACGCCGAGGCAAGCGGAGGAGGCAACGUGCAAUCUUGGACAGUCCGAGGAGAGUGCGUCAUCUGUUUGGAGGGAGCGGGUGUGAAGGAAGGGGUGGAGGAGGGCGUUCGGUGCUCGGGAGGAGCUCACUUCGUCUGCUGCGACUGCUUGGACCCCUACGUUCGCUCGCAGUCAGAGGAGAAUGACAUUUUUCGGGCUCGCGGGGCCAAGAUAGUUUGUCCGAUGGGAGCAGAAGGCUGCUCCUCCUCGUUCUCGCACAAGGACCUCGCUCUGCAUGUCUCCCAUGAUACGUUCGAACGGUACCUGAGGGCUCGGGAGCUCGCGCAUGAAACUCGCGUCCUUGAAGACCUGCGGUUGGACGACGAGAAGAGAGCCAAGGAUGAGAAGAGCGGGAAGUUGAGCGAGGACAACGUGCUGACCAUCAGCAUCCCGACUCGUCAAGUUCACAGUAGACCGUAUCCUCACGCUGGCCUGUCCUCGCGCCUUGAAGUGCACGAGAUGCGGGCAAAUGUGGUUUCUGCGCUUUUUGCCUUGAAGAUUGCGCCUCCGAUGCGCAUGCGCACGUUGCAAGGUGUCCGUGGAACCCACGCAAGGACGUGUUUUCGCGACGUGAGCGGUUCGAGGAGGCACAACGGACUCGUCGGAUUGAGAUGGUCCGAUCAUGCGGCAGUCACUUGGGAAGGGGAGCUGACAGGGAGGCAGAUGAGGUUGCUGCUGUCAAGAUUGUCGAGUGCAGUGAAGCAACAUGUCCUUUCACUGCUGGAGCCCCAUCUUGCAGAUUUGAACAUUCGGGUGAGCGAGGUCUGA